AUGGAAAAGAAAUAUAUGUUCUUAAUUUGCGAGUUACCUUAUCAAAUAAUAUUUAAACUACAGCAAAUUUUUUUAGCGCAAUGUAUUAUUUGCUACAAGAAAGGCGGUGUUUUUCAUAGUAAUACUCAAAGGCGUCCAUUUUGUUGCAAAUUAUUUAGCGUUGUUAAGUUAAUUCUUUUUAAUUUCUUUUUCACAAUGGUAGAUAAAGUAGAUAUGAGUCUUGCUGACAUAAUUAAGCAGUCCAAACAGGGAAGAGGCACUAAUCGUAGAAGAAGAGGAAAUACCAGAGCCUUUGGUGGCGGAAAUCGGCGUUCUAGGGGAUCUCUUAGAAACACUGUAGGUGGUGGAGCUCUUCGAUCCCGCCGGUCUGCUAAUUUAAGGUCUCCUUACAGUAGAGGUACGGGAGACAUAGAAAGCAGGUGGCAACAUGACAUGUUUGACGGUUUUGCUCCGGUGAGGUCACCAAGAGGAGUUCAAGGCGCGAUGGGCCCAGCCAAAUUAUUAAUUUCAAAUUUGGAAUUUGGUGUUUCCGAUUCAGAUGUUACAGAGUUAUUUGCAGAAUUCGGACCAUUGAAAUCAGCGGCUGUUCACUAUGAUCGAUCAGGUAGAUCAUUGGGAACAGCUGAUGUCAUAUUUCUUAGGCGAGAAGAUGCCAUCAAAGCCAUGAUGCAAUAUAAUAGUGUACCUUUAGAUGGAAGGCCUAUGAAUAUUCAAUUAAUAACAUCAGAAGUUCCAUCAUUUGGAGGAAACAAACAAGGAGUUCGUCAAGGAAGAGUUCAGAAAGCUGGUGGAAGGCAAGGUUUUCAAAGGGGAAGAGGUAAUCGUAGAAGUGGUGACGGAAGAGGAAAUGCAAAAAAUCAAGAUCGUCAAUUAACGGCAGAAGAAUUAGAUGCAGAGUUAGAUGCUUAUGCCAAAAAACAAAAUAAAAUUGUGAGUGUAGUGUUGUAA